CCAUGGCGAGCCGUGGGCAAGGAGACGAUGCAGAGGAACAAGGCAUGGCGGAAGGGAACAACUCGAGGUUCCAUACGGCCGGAUGCACGCUGUUUACCACACCAGAAUCACUUACUCUGUCUCGGUUAGUCGGCCACGAUCCGCUGCCGGAUGAUGUGUUGCCGUCAGAUGGUCAACAUCCGGAGCUGCCCGAGGUGUGGAUGGAUCCAGAUGAUGGCCUGCUCUCAGUGGCCAACGUUGCAGAGAACGUCUGUCUUGUCGCCUACCUUACCAUUCUGCCACCGUUUGUUGUUGUCGAUGCCGACGGCGAUCGCUAUCCCUCGGCCCCGGCACAGACCGCAGACGCGGACGGUCCCAUCGAUGUCACCACACUCGUUGUUGUCGUCCCUCCGACUAGCGUCGUGGACCUCGGUUAUGUCGAGCACGUCGACGUGGAUGCUGGUCUUGACCCCCGCCGCUUUUUGACGAUCCGGAUGCAGUGCUCGAGGCCUACACUGCCGCGCUGGUCUCGGACAUCUCGGAGCUGGCGGUGGCCGACUGGGCCGACGCCUGCCACGGCGCGCUGGCACUGCGCCAGCCCGAGGCUCUCGAUGCGUAUGUGGCGAGCUGCGGAGGUGAUGUGUACCCUCUGCCAAUGGAGGUGCCGCCAAGCGCAGCCCCGGGGACGUACUGCUGCUCGCAGGGCGUGUGCGGCGCCUUUACUCACUUUCUUCCGCACACUCGGCACGCGUAUGACCUUGCAUGUCCAGCGGGUACACCAUUGCGUGCCAUUGCUGCUGGCACGGUCGCUUCCGUCCGCGACGGCUCCAAGGCGUGGGGUGGCCACACCGGCAACCUCUUUGGCUGGAAUUCGAUCUUGAUUGCCCUCGACAAUGGCCGCUUUGUUGAAUAUGUCCACAUCGCACCGGGCUCGCUGACCGUGGCCGUCGGCGAUGCCGUCGCCGCCGGCGACGUCAUCUGCGCCUCGGGCCAAGCUGGCUUCUGCCCCUCGCCACACCUCCACAUCCAGCUCCACAGCUCGGACGCUCCCGAUGCACCGACCAUUCCGUUUUGCUUCCUCCACCCCUCCUCGAACGCUCCGUACGUUCCGAUCGCUGGCCACGACCUGCCGCCCACCACCGCGACGCCCCUCUCCCUCCCCGCAGCAGGCGAGAUCACGCCACCGUCGCCGUCGCCGCUCUCCGACCGAUAACACGACACAGCACGCU